CGUGUAAUUCGAUGCAUGCUGUUAAAGCUUAGAGUAUAUUGUCUUCCUUUUGCUUAUGAAGCCUCCACCCACCGGCCCACCCUACAUUUAGCGGAUCAUGUGACUCGGGGCAGCCGAAGAAACAGGAUGUUAAUGCUUGACGGAAUGCCUGCAGUCCGAGUCAAAGCCGAGCCCCUGGAAUCGGAACAAGGGUUGCCUCGAGUGCGACCUUACUCUGCGAUGGACGGCGUCCCCUUCUUCCUCAGCAGAGUCAAACCUGAACCUCCAGAAGACCUGCUCGCUCACGACCUGCACUUCCACACACAAACUGAACCUGUCGACCUGUCAAUCAACAAACCCCGCCCCUCUUCUUCAUCCACCACCCCUACCACCACUUCAUCCUCCUCCCCUCUCAGAUCCGCCUUCUCCCCGUCCUCAUUAUCGUCGUCAUCCUCCUCCUCCUCCUCUCCGUCAGUCAUCACCUCAGCCUCGUCGGUGCUCACGCCGGGCCCUCUGGUCGCCCCUGGAUCUGGGGUCAGAGGUCAGCCCUAUUUGCACAUCCUGCACUCUGUGCCACCGCCUCCGUCCAGCCCUCUGAGCCUGCAGGGAGCUGGGAAGCUGGCCAGCCAUGUUCACCGCAUCCCGGUUGUGGUACAGUCACUGCCCCUCAUGUACACCACCGCAGUUCGAUCCCCCUCCAGCCUCAACAACGCCAUCAUGCUACCUCUGCUGGAUGAGGUCAAAAGCCAGGGCAAAGCACAUAUAGACCGAAAUGGCCUGUCGCCGAGGCACAUCAAGAGUGACAGCGACGACGACGACCUGCCAAACGUCACCUUGGACAGUGUUAACGAGACCGGCUCGACUGCGCUCUCUAUAGCCCGCGCUGUACAAGAUUCCAUGUCCCCGUUCAGUAUUGACAGCAUACGGCGCCCCCGCAGGUCAGAGUCUCCAGAUUCGAAAAAGAGAAGAAUCCAUAGAUGUGACUUCGAGGGCUGCAAUAAGGUGUACACCAAAAGCUCCCAUUUAAAAGCACACCGGAGGACGCACACAGGGGAAAAGCCAUACAAAUGCACCUGGGACGGCUGCACGUGGAAGUUCGCCCGCUCCGACGAGCUGACGAGGCAUUACAGAAAACACACAGGGGUGAAGCCUUUCAAGUGUGCAGACUGUGACCGCAGCUUCUCCAGAUCUGACCACUUGGCCCUGCACCGACGGAGACACAUGCUGGUUUGAAUCAGACGGAGAGAGAUCUAAAAAAGAAGAGCAGAAGAGAGAGAGAGAGAGAGAGAUCAAUGAAACAGACCCACACACACAUACAGGCAGCCGGGGGAGCGGGAUCUCCCUGUGAAUGUUUUUCAGCUGGCCCGGACGCACACACAUUUACACAUACACACACACACACACAAACACACUCAUAGACACACACACACUCUCAUCCGUCGUGAGGAGGGAAGAUGGAGACGUGCACAGGGCUUGUGCGGCACAAAACAGGGUCACUUCUGGAUCCUCUUUGGGCUGGAAGGAAAAGACGGCAGGAUCUGUUAUUGUCAUUGUUUGGAGUUUAUUAGGGAACUGUCUUUUACAGCACUGUUUGUAAAUGUUUCACUCUGAUUUUUAAAGAACUCACGCUCUUUAUCUGAACAAAAAAAAAGGUAUAUAAUGCAGUUGCAGUCUCUUUUUGGUAUCUUUCUUUUCAUUCAAAUGGCUGCUUUUCAAAGCACUCAUAAUGUGAAAGACCCCCAUCAGGAGGAAGGAUUUCCCACAGGAGCAGAAGUUGGGCCUGGACUGGAUCACAGGAGGAGUUUUCAGGCGUUGUUGGAGUUACCGGCUAGUAUUGCUGCGCCGUGCCUCCCUGUGAGUCUGAGUUUAAACCAGCAGAGGGCGCCGUUUCACCGCAGAUGGUUUCCUUUGCAUGCUGGAGCCUGCUUUUAAAAACAGAGGCAUGCCAUACAGAAGCAAAAAGAGGGCUGGACUUUCAACUUUUACCAUUUCUGGAAAACAAUAAAGACAUUUACUCAACCUCAUCGACACAUCUGCAGUUUUAGAAACCCAUGACUUCAUUCCAAAUGAUGAAAACCGGACUGUCAUAUCAUCACACCAGCAAAGAAAACACACCGUCUUCAGAAAGACCUCACAUCUCAUCAGUGCAUUUCUUUAUGUUGAGCCUUUUAAAAGCAUUUUCUUCUAAAAAUAAAUCUUUGGUGGAUUUUGUGCUGUGAUUAGCAAUCAGUAAAGUGCAAUCUUAAAGGAUAAAUAUACUUUCAGUAUGACAAUGUUUUGUUUCUUGAUUUUUAUUUGAAAUGCCUGCUCUUUGCUUAUGUUUGACUCAGAAAAAUACAACCCCUCAUGUACAGUGAACUUUUAAACAAUCAGAGGAGAUUUCCAGUAUGUGAAAAAACAAGAGGCACCUUACAGACUCAUGAUUUCAUUCUGUCCAGAACUUUCUUUUAAUGUCAUUACUCAGCUGUUUUCUCAGAACUGAAAGGAACUUACUUUGUGUGUGUGGUUUUUAUUUUUUUCUUGCACGGACCAUAAGCUGAAACUUUCGUCGGCUGCAGUGUUAGAGGGAUACUGGUUACCAGAAGUCAAAUACAGAAGAGCAAUACAUACAGAACCUAGCGAAAGAAGGAUUAUCACCCUCCUCUUUGUUCUGUUUGCUGAUGUCAUUAUAUGAGAGAAGUGUUUGUUACGAUUGGUUUGUAGCUCCAGCACAACGCUCUGAUCUGACGCAUGUUUCAGAGAGCAAGUUAUCACUUUGUUUUCUUUCACCUCAGAUGAGAUAUGUGUUUGGAUUACUUUCUGAACUACCUGACAUUUGGCUGGAUAACAUGUAGAAAAUAGGAGGAAUCAAACGCUUGCAUUCACAGAUCUUAUACAUUAAAAAAAAACACUUUACAUUUUUAGACGCUGUUACUGUCAAAAAUAUCGGACAUUAAAGAUUUGUACUCCAACUCAAUCAAGCAGUUAAAUGAAAAAGUCAUAUUUAUACAGUCAUAAUAACAGGCUUUUUAUCUCCUGUAUACAAUCUCUUUAUAAGACAUAAACUCAAGAGAAUCCAGGGCCACUUCACAUUAUUUCAAAGUGCUGCUAAAUGCAUUUAUUGGAGCCAAGCCAGUAAAAAAAUGGCAGCCUUUUUGUUAAUAGCACCUUGAAAACUGUACACUUACACACACACAUCUGCACAUUUCUAUUUAACAUCCUCCCUUUUUGUACAGCAGUCAAAUCCAGGAAGUCCUUUCCACACACGCACAUACUGUAUGUGACAGCCCUUUGAUUUAACGAUGAAUGGUAAUGUAUGUUAUCAUUAUUUAUGUAUAUUGUUUGUGCACAUGUCAUUAUGCCCAGUUGUAUUACCAUAUUGGCAAAAAAAAAAAAGCAUAUCAGCACCUUGUUUGUUUUAUUAGUAUGAUUUUCAAAUUAUUUUAUUUCAGAUGUCAAUUUAUAAACAAAUAAUCCUCCUAUUUUAUCAUCCAUAUAAUGUAUGAGAACAUUUUAUUACUGAGGGGCACUUCAUCAUUGCAUAUAACUCUUUUUUUCUUCUGUACAAAGGAUCUUUUGAAAUGUUGUAAUAUAUGUGAUAGUGAAGAUAAAAACUUAUUACAAAGUUCUACAGCCUGUAUAUACAUUGGAAAAAUAGGGCUUUUGAUUAGUAGAUGCAGGAAAUACAUUUAUACAUGUAAAGUCUUUUUUCAGAGACUGUAAUUUAUCUAAUUUGAUAUACAGUGAAAUGGGGCUAAUGGUGUUUCAUCAUGUAAAUUAUCAUAUGUGAUGUUAUAUAACAGUUUGCUUUCUUUCAGUUUGUGGUUAAUUAAGUUCAUGAUCGAAUCAUUUUUAUUCCUAAGGCUGAACCAGUGUUUGCUAUAAUCAAAUUAUUUAUAUACAAUAACAGUAAUAAGGUACUCGAUUGCCCUGUGUUGCUAUUUUGAUAUACCCAGACGAGAAAUUCUAUUGAUCAAGCACAUAUCAACAACACAUGUACUUUUCAUGUUCGGUUUAUGACGUUGCAUGCCUUAAUACGCCACUUUUCCACUAAAUUUAACGAGACCGUGAACGCGGAUUCUCCCCCAGGACAGGGUGUGUUUUUCGAUUUCCCUCCAGCAUCUCUUUCUUCAUUUUAAAGCAUAAUUUUGUAACGGUAACCAGGGUCAAAGUUAUGCAAUAAUAAUGAAUAGUGCCUCAUAUUGCAAACUUGUAAUAUCAGCUGCUCCGUGCAGAGUUUAGAUUUCAACAUGUGUGCUCAAAUUAAUAAAAAUUCAAAUGGGAAACCAUGAUUAUUUUUUUUUUUGUUUUUGGAAAAAGCACAGACAACAUUAUGCAAGUCGGACCUCUAAUGUUUUAUUUUCUUCUUCUUUUCGCACUGAGCCUUACGCCAUUGUGUCAAACGCAGCAUCUUCCCAUAACACUUUCACAGGCUGUUUUAUAGCUUGCAUUAUUACUUUGCUUGCAAUAAGUCACUUCCUCUAAGGGGGACAAACUGAGUUACAAAGGCCUCUUGAUAUUUCCGCUCCAUCACAUGAAUUCAACACAAUGAUUUGAUGGAAGAUGAUGAGGAAUCUUACUCACAGGAAUAAAAGAAUACCUGUGGCUGUGGAGUGGCGCCUUUGAUAAUGAAAACUGAUCUUACACUUCUCUAUUGGUUCAAUAUCUAUUUUUACUUUCUGUGUUAACAUCUGCUUUUGAUUUCCUGGUUUUUGAAAAUUUAAGUAGUGAAGCCAAUGCCUAUGUUUCAAGUUUGCUGAUAUUACGUACAGUAAUUGUUGUUCCUGUAUUUAUGUAAAGUGAGUGUAGUGUAAAUAUAUUCAGAUCUUUUCAUUCUUAUCGGUAAAAAAAAGAAAAAGAAAAAAAUUGUGAUAUUGCUCAGCAUCGCUUCAAAAAGGGAGAUUCUGCUCAUGGAAUUCCACAUCUGUAAAAGAAAUUUUUAACCUGAUAUUUUUCAAAAACUUCAAGAACAGGUGUCCUUUUUUUUCAGUUGCAAUUUUCUUUUCUUCAAGAGUUGUUUAAGUAUCCAGUCAGUGUUUUGCCUUUUUCUCUGUAUUUUUCAUAUGGAUGGAGCUGUGAAAUUUAAACUAAGUUCAAACAUAUACAUGUAUAUCAAUAUGAAUGGAGGCAUGAAGGUUAAUAAAGUUGCAUUUUGUAUGUAACACACUGGUA